AGAUGAGUCUUUUCCUUUUCCAGUUUCAGCCUUUAGUAAAGUUGCUUACUUACUCAUCUCUCUCUCUAUCUGUCUUCCCCACAGCUCUGAGUUUGGGUUCUGAAGAAGAGACAGGUGAUAGAUCACCGAUUCAUUGUAGUCUGAUGCUGAUGAGUUUCACUAUUAUUCCUUCCUGCAUUUCCUUUCUUCACUAACUUAACGGGGAAAUGACUAAGGUAAGUCCAGAACUCGUAGGGGGCGAGGUGCAGAUGUACACAUUCAAAUCAGUGUCUGCAGAUGUAAGCUUUGUUUCUAAUCAGUUCCCCAAAUACAAGCUCGGGCCCGAUUUUCAGAUUUUAGAGGACACAUUGUUGGAAAACAGAGGUCCAUCCCUGAAGGAGGUUGUUGAAGAAGAAACUGGUCGGCUAACAGAUCAACACGAGCGUCUCUCUGUACGUGAUCUAGCUAGCAAAUUUGACAAGAAUUUGGCAUCUGCUGCCAAAUUAGCCAAUGAGGCUAAACUAAGAGAUGCCCCUUCUUUAGAGGGACAUGUCCUUUUGAAGAAACUAAGAGAUGCACUGGAAACUCUGAAAGGAAGAUUGUCGGGUCAGAAUAAAGAAGAUGUCGAUAUAGCCAUUUCAAUGGUGGAAGCCUUAGCUGUACGGUUAACUCAAAAAGAAGGAGAUCUUAUACAAGAGAAGUUUGAAGUGAACAAACUUGUGAGCAUUCUAAAGCAGGCGUCAGAAGAUGCUAAAAAGUUGGUUAAUCAAGAGAGAUCUUUUGCUUGUGCUGAAAUAGAAAGUGCGAGAGCAGUUGUGCAAAGAAUUGGUGAAGCCCUAGAAGAACAAGAAGCAGAUGAUAGAACGGCAGGGAAACAGGAAGUUGAGGAAUUAAUGGAGGAGGUUCAAGAAGCUAGAAGAAUUAGACUCUUGCAUCAGCCCAGCAAGUAACAUGCAUAUUGUUUUGUAGUCAUUUUGUUACUUUAUACUGUGUAUGAAUAGUUAAAUUCAAAACAGAAUCUUAGAGCAUACGUAGAGGUUUGUGUACAUCUCUACAUCCCCACCCCGGAGCACUUUAUAUGAAAAGGAAUGAUUUGUAAUCCCAUGCUCUUGACUCCCAAUUCGAAUUGAAACUAAGUUCUUUGAUGUGUCUUCUAGAGGCUUUUUUUCACAAGAGGUACCCUAACUUUUACGAUUGUAACAAAAAGGUACCCCAUCU